AUGAGUAGGAAGCAUAGAGGAAAGGGGGAGGAAUCAAAUGGUGUAACAGACAUUUGGAAGAAUAUAUGGAAAUUGAACAUUCCUGGAGUAGUGAAGAUGUUUGUAUGGAAAGCACUAAAUAAUUGCUUACCAACAAAGUGGAAUCUGGCUUGCAGGAAGGUUGUUAGGGAUUAUUUCUGUCCAAUAUGCAAAUUACAGAAGGAAACAGUUACACAUGCUCUAUGCAGUUAUGGUGGGGCUAUGGAUGUAUGGGCAGACAAAGCAAGCCCAGUGCAGAAGUGGGUAUCUACUGAAAGAGAUAUGCAAGAGUUAUGGGCAGACUGGUGUGAAAAGUUGCAGGAAGAGGAAUUGGAGCUUAUGGCUGUAGUGUUGAGGAGGAUUUGGCAAGCUGCAGCCAGUUUAUCCGAGUUUCAGCAAGCUCAAAAACAAAAUGCAAGGUGCCAAAUGGUUGGAACAAGGCAAAGAGACCUGUGUCGAUGGACAGCUCCUGCAACUGGCCAAAUAAAAGCAAAUUGGGAUGCAACAUUAAAAUUAGAAGAAGGGAGAAUGGGAGCAGGUGUAGUGAUAAGGAAUGAGAAUGGGGACCUUAUGGUAUCUGUGUGCUCUCAAAAGCAGAAUGUAUGCAACCCUUUAGUAGCUGAGCUUCAAGCAUUAUGGUGUGCCUUGCGGAUUUGUGCAGAUCUAAAUUUGACAGAGGUAGUUUUUGAAGGAGAUGCAUUGAACAUAGUUAAGGUUGUUAAUAAUUCUGAGUCUAAUUGGGAAUGGCAUGGUCAGCUGGUAGAAGAUGUUAAGGAUAUAUUGAGGAACAGGCCAAUGUGGAAGCUUAUACAUACAUAUAGAGAAUGUAGCAGAGUAGCUCAUUUUCUUGCAAAAUUUUCCUUAACUGUAAAUGGGGAACAAAUAUGGAUAGAGGAGGGUCCUGCAGGUAUUCAAUACUAUGUAAUGAAGGACAAAACUGUAAUGAAUACAGAUAAAUGA